AUGGAAAGUACACCAGUUAUGACCUCUUCUGGCUCGAGGCUUGCUCCUCCAAUGCUACAUCCAAGAUCUUCUUCGAGAACAAGAUCACCAACGAGAUCCUCAAGUCGAUCGCACAUUUCAGACGACCUCCUUUCCGACCUCACUCCUGCCACAACCCUACAAGCUUUCACUUCCCCAACAGGCAAAUUAAAAGCGAGCAUUGAAGCUGCUUCUCCUAAAGAUCGAGCAUUUGGCAUACGCGCAACUUUAGCAUCAAAGAAAGUACAAGAAUGGUUGGAAGAAUUAUCAAAUUGGCCAUGGCCGAAAACUGGAGGAUCGCCAGGCUUUGCAGUUCCAGCUUCAAAAAAUAUAAAAUCGUCAACACCCAAAUCGGACGCACAAACAUCGUCACAGCAACAUAAAGAAGACCCCGAGCCCAAGCCGCAGUAUUGUGGGAGCCUUUUGUUCGAGCAGGUUGUGCGAUAUGAAUAUCGGAUCGAAGAAAUUGGAGAAGGCAUGGAUGGUUUGAAGGUGGAGGAAAUAAAACGACAGGUUCUGGAUACACACUUCUCCGCGAACUCCCGACCCUCAUCUUCCUCUUCUACAAUUGCCAUGCCGACUUUUCUCGCCUCGUACACAGUCAUGGAUGAUUUUACAGCUAUAGUCACGGCCACGGUAUUGCAGGCAUUACCGAAUUUGGCCAAAUUGACACGUUUGAUGGAUAUAUGGGGUAUUCGUCUUUCAGUACUUCGAAGAGUACCAUCGUUACUACUCGGGUUGGAUGAUGCGGAGAUGGCUUUGAUUUCGGGAUGGCAGGCUAUCAAAAUACCAGGCACACAUAUCACUGGAUCUGGCGAAACGGCGGAUACGGUUCUUUCACGCCAAACUUUCGAAGUCAUGAAAAAUGUUUUGCAAGCUAAAGUUACGAUCCUUGGGAGAGAUCUGGACUAUAUGCUCGAUACUUUGGAGGGUAGGAUGGACACCCUACCUGAUAGCUGGUUAGACCGGAUGGAAAAUCUUGAACGGGAUUAUGGCGAAUGGGUCGUUGCAGCGGACCGCAAGAUUACGGAUGGGGAACUAGCCGCAAUUGCGACUCCACAAGUGGUGGAAAAAGACAUGCCGCGAGCAGAAGAUACUGAGCCUUCUCCUGAAGCCAGUGUGGACUUGAUGAACAAGAACAAGGAGGCCGGAGCCUUAGGAAACCAAACGGCUCGUGAAUCUAGUGUCGUGCCAAUAUCUGCGAUCAAUGACGAUUCAACGGCAACAGAUGUGAAUGCUCACGAGGAGCCAACUACUACCCCCCCACAACAAGAAAUUGGCAUUUCGAAUGGAAUAGUUACUACACCAGAAAAGACACCAUAUUCUUGCAUUGCUCAGCUCCAAGUCUAUGAAUCGGCCCAGACUACAAUUUCAAAAAGCCCAUCUCCUCCUCAAACCCCGUCGCCGAUGUUGGACUUUCAGCCAAUCGCACAGCAAUCCGCGUGUGAAGGACAGGUAUACACGCCGCUCAGUCGCUCGACUAGCGUAAGGAGUAUCACCAAAGUUCCUAAAUUUGGGCAUACUUUUGCAAAUGCUUUAAGGCGUACCAUUUCCAAUGACGAAUCGCCAACAACUUUGAGUGAUGAUUCUUUGGCCGUAGCUCCUAAGAUCUCAAUACGGCCGUCAUCGGUGAUUCUUGAUAAAUUCCCUAGUCCACCCUUAAAGUCACCGGUAAGAUAUGAUAUGGCAAGACUUCGUAGUUCGAGCUCACCACUUAUCAUUGGAGCAGAACAUAAACCCGUUGUCUCCAAAAGUUCUGCCCACUCUUCAGAGGAUGGAUCUUCCUUCGGUGCGACGGCUUCCAGUAUCGCGUUAGCACAACAUCUCGGCAUUUCUUCUGCAUCCCACAUAUCGUCACAGCAUGUGAAUAUGGAUACCGGCAAAUUGAGGGAACCAGCACAUUCAUCUAGCAAGCCUUCUCACCUACCUACUCACACAACUACAAUAGCUAGCAGUGACGGAGCAUCCGAGAGUGUUCAACGUUUCGAUCCUGUUGGGAUGGAAUUCGAUCUUUUAGAUGCUCGAAUGGAAUCACGCAGGCCAUCCAUAAUCGUUGAUAAUAUUCAUGCAGAUGACUCUCGUGAUAGUGAUGCUUCAGAUGAUUCGCUCUCGGAACGGUGCAGAUCUCAAAUGGCACAAGCAGCUGGCUCAAGUCCCGUCGACCAAGACUUAGAUGGUACAUCUACAGUUACAUAUGAAGGCUCACCCCUCCCACCUCGAAAAAUGGCACAUGAUCUACAAAAGUACGAUAAUACUCCACCUGGUUCACCACCGGGAGCUCCAACCAGAUCUGCUCGUCGCCCUCCUCAACUUCUCGAAAGUCCCGAUUUCUCUCAUCUGAUGUCCACGGCUGACGAUGCUUCCUUCCUUCAUGAUGUCAAUGUGCUCGAAUCUAUUCCUGCAUCGCCUGUUAUUAGAAAUAGCGACGAUCAGAUGCAACAACAAAUAAUCAAUUUACUUCAAUCAAUUCCAGCUCAUAUUCGCCUUCGUUCCGAGCCAGAAGAAAAGUCAAAUUCUCAAGGCAUUCGUCCUCGAAAGGCUCGCCGCUCCGUUACUCCCUCGAUGCCCUCGGUUCGUUCACAAUCUUCGAUUGGUAGUUUACGUGCACCAACGCCGUCGUUUACACUCGCUCCAGCUUAUGCAAAGAGUGGUACUCCACGCCACAGGCCUCAAAAUGGCAGUCCAGAGAUUAAGGUCUAUCAUCUAUCACGAUCUAGUGGUGAAAAACCAAUCAAAUUAUUUGUUCGCCUAGUGGGUGAACGUGGUGAAAGAGUCAUGGUACGUGUCGGAGGUGGCUGGGCAGAUCUUGGGGAAUAUCUCAAAGAAUACGCAAGUCACCAUGGACGACGAGCACCAGUUGAUACCGAUAAAGUCGAAGUUCAAGAUUUACCGCCACGUAUCCCAUCUGGCGGUUCUACCAUUCGUGAAAAUGGUCGCACUACACCAGGACCUGGUCGUACCACACCUGGGCCUGGUCGCACUACACCUGGACCUCGUUCGGCAUCUGCAAUGGGUGUUCGUCCAUCAACUGCUGUUGACCGACCUAAAUCAUCCCUCGGGAUUCGCAAAACGCGAAAAUCCACAUUCUCCUCUUCCGAUGAGGUGCCUCCCCUCCCAACUACACCUUUUGCUGAAGUUCAACGUGAACACGAAAUGAAUAACACCCCUCCAUCAGCAGCCUCGAGAUGCUCCUCAAGACUGGAAUGGAAUGAGGAGGAUACUUCAUUAGGUCUUGCCGGACCAAGAGGCAAACAAAAGGAAUUAGAUCAGAUAGAUCUAGAAUGGGUUGAAGGUAUGAAGGAGAAGGUUAUGUUAGCGAGUGCGGAGAAGGAGAAGGAAAAACGUAAAGGAGGUCAUAGGCAAAGUUUGGGAGAGCUGGAUAAAGCUGGUGCUACUAAGAGGAUGUUUAGGAAAACUUCUAGGUUGGAGCUUUAA